CCGCCUUCCCCCAAUCAAAUCAAUCAAUAUUGAUUGACCUUUAUAGGUACAAUCACUCUUUCAAUCGCAUUUAUUCAACUUUCACACCAUAAUCAAUAAUAGGUUUUGUGAUUCGAGAGUCUUCUCUGAAUUGCUUAAACUGUUUCGCCUUUUGAUUAGUCAUUUUUUUAUUUCUCCAAUUUCUGGCCUUCUUUCUUCUCUUUUCAGUUUUACGUACUCUACCUUGUAUUGUACUUAUUGCUUACUGCUCCGCUGCGCUACACUGCACUGCACUUGCGCUGCACCCUCACGCGCAAAAAAAAAGACCCCGUCGCGAAAUCAGCUAUUCGAUUUCCAUUGUCAGCGUCAUUGCUUCGGCUUUACUCCUCUUUUCCCUCCCACCUCGACCUACCUUGCUCUUGCCUCUCACAGGCUACGAGCUAUUGCCAUCGACUCCGCCUACCUGCACCUACCUUUUUGCCGCUAGGCUGCCAGAAUUCAGAGGAGCCACCAAUAUAAGAUCGCGACCCCCCGCCUUCUAAUCCAAUUUCGCAACUGCGCGACGCGCCUCCAUUCCUACGUAUCCACUUCUCAAUCUCCAUCGCGCAUCAACACCACGUCGACUCGCGAUAAUCCUCGAAUCAUCGUUUUCACGUGCGCAUCGUUAUUUCAUGUCGCGACGAGUCAACUAAGCUAGACCUGUAUUGACGCGCCUUAUAUCGCGAACAGCCAUUAUGGCUUCACCAAACCCCGAUGCGACCGCUCCCACAAACGAGAAUACGUCGCGCGAUGCCACAGUAGAAAAGGAGCAAAAGUCCGAAGUCAACGGGUAAGUUGCCCCUCAACUCUGAUGGCGCGCUUUUUGCCUGUGCCGUCGCGCGCCAUAAGGCUGUGAUGCAUGGCGCAAACGCGCACAUCGUUUCUCAGCACUCUCUGACAUGUUGAUUAGGCAUGCGACACCUGAAAAGCCAAAGGACACACCUGAAUCUGCGCCUGUCAAUGGUAACAAAGCGGACGAUCAUCCCGUCGAGAAUGGUGUCAACAAGGACGUAGAGAUGACAGAGGCGAGCGAUGAGAAGAAGCCCUCUCAAGAGCCUUCGGCGGACGAAAAGAACGAUCAGAAGACCGAAGGUGAUGAUCAGACGAAAGAGACUGGUGAUGCCAAACCUGUGGAGGAGCCCAAGGCUACGGAGGAGGAUGUCGAUAUGACCGAUGCUGUGCCUGCAGAAAAGCCCAGAGAUGAGAAACCAGCUGAAGAUGCGACCGCAAAAGAGUCCAAGGACGUCGAUAUGGCAGACAAGCCUGUAGAUACCCCUGAAAAGGCUGAUGGAACAGACGACAAGGUACCCGCUUCUUCCAACGAGGCCGCGGCUCCCUCCUCAGAAGCCGAAGUCCAACCUACCAGCCUAUCUCAGUUGGCUAUCGAUACCAAGGAAGAGGAUGCCCCUAAACCUUCCACCGAGGUCUCAAUGCAGGAUGCCCCCGUUGGUGACACUUCCGUUAGCUCGAAGGUAGCCCGCGAACGUGAGGAUGAUGCCACAGAAGAGCCUGCACCAAAGCGAGCCAAGACCGAGCCCAAAUCUGAAGAACCCGCCGACGUUACCUCCACUGUCCCCAAGACUGAACCGGACUCUGCUGAGUCUGCCCCCGAGAAGGAGGUCUCUCGCUUCGCUGGUCUUACCAGGUGGAAUGAGGCCGAUUUCAAGAACCAAACGCUCACCCCUUUUCAGCGACGCGAGUUCCGCAAAGUGCUAGGGCGUGUGAAGAAGACAAAGGCUGGUGGCCAUUUCAAGGAUUCAGUCCCCAAGAUGUGGCCUCAACUCGCUGAGAGUUACUUGGCCAAGAUCGAGAAACCUAUGGACCUUUCCGAGAUCGACCGGACCCUUCGUGAUAUUAAUGGUGCUUAUGUUACGGUUGGUGAUUUUCAGGAUGCCCUGGUUCUCAUGUACGACAACACCCGUAACUUCAAUGGAACCCUCCAUGAGGUUACUGGUGCUGCGUUCAAUGCCAUUCGAAGCAUCUGGGAAGAAGUUGCCACCAUUCCACAAGAAGAGGCAGUCAAGCCCAAGCAGGUCCCCAAGCCCAAACCUCCCCGUGAGUCGCGUAUCAGCUCUCUCGGCGAUUCUAUGGCUCGCAAGCCAUCCGUUGGACCUGGCGCUAGUCCCGCCGCCGAAAGCGUGUCAUCAAAGCCGCGGCUUGGAUCUCAAGAAGCCAAUACUGCUGCUACCGAACUGCGCCGUGCCUCAUCUGCCACCGAGGGCGAUCGUCCCAAACGAACCGUCCGUGCUCCCAAAUCAAAGGAUAUUGACUAUACCACGAAGCCUUCGCGAAAGAAGCUUAAGCCUGAGCUGCAAUUCUCUGAAGAGGUAUUGAACGAUUUGAUGUCCCCCAAGAACCACGCCAUCAACAACUGGUUCAUGGAACCAGUUGAUGCUGAAGGACUUAACAUUCCCCAUUACUACUCCAUUAUCAAGAAGCCCAUGGAUCUGGGAAAGGUGGCUCGUAUGCUCAAGAGUGGCGACAUCAACAACCUCAAGGACUUUGACAAGAAUGUGCGGCUGAUAUUUUCCAAUUGUUAUACCUUCAACGGUAGUGUUGACCAAGGUAAUACUGUGUCGUAUGUAGCUUCCCAAUUGGAGGACUACUACAACAAUUUGAUGAAGGACAAGGACAGCUGGUUAGCCAGACACGCCAAGGCACAUGCUCCUGCUGCUUCCCACGGUAGCGACGAGGAAGACGAGGAUGAGGAGGCCGAUGGCGAUGGCGAUGGCGAUGAGAUACCAGCUCCUCCAACUGCGGACCACAGUAAGGAAGUGCGGGACCUGGAGAAGAAGCUGAGGGAGGAAAGUGAGAAGCUGACCGAGCUUCUGUGUGGGGACUCGCCUAAUGAGAGUAUGGUCGCAAUGCAGAAGAGCAUCGUUAACCUCGUACAAGAAAGUCUUCUGAAGGCGAAACAGACUCUCAGUGCGCACCGCUCAAAGCAUCCUGAGAAGCCUUCUAAGAAGGCCAGUAAGCCGAGCAAGCCUAAGCCUAGUGGAUCUGCCCCCCGCAAACCCAGCGGAAGUGUGGCAAAUGCAAAGAAGCCUAGCGGCACCAAGAAGGCCGUGAAGAAGACUCUCACCGCGGCAGACAAGGACGCCAUCGCUUCUGCUAUCAAUGAUCUUGAUGGUGCACAACUUGACCGCGCUAUCGAUAUCAUCAAGCGUGACACUGGCCAAAAUGAGAAUACCGACGGAGAGCUUGAGCUAGAUAUUGAUCAGCUGAGCAAUGAAGCUCUGCUCAAACUCUGGGAACUCUGUAAGAAAGUAUUGCCUGGGUUCGGGAAGGACACCAACGUGCCAUCUUCUCCAGAAGUGAGCCGGGCAGCGCCGCCUAAGCAUACGAAGGCAUCAUCGACAUCGGCGAAGCCCAAAAAGAACAAGCCCAUGAGUGCCCGUGAACAGGAGGAGCGAAUUGCGCAGCUUCGUGAUCUCAGCAACCUGUACAGGCCGGGUCAGGAGCCUGGCGAGAAUCAACCUGUGUUGCAGGCUCCCACACCUACGGCCGAGUCCAGUGACGAAUCGGACUCGGAGGAAGAGUAGAGGUGGCGUCGGGCUGAAAGAUGGAUUGUAUGAGUUGUAUGACUUCUUGGGAGCUUGGAUGUUUCGUCGACCGGAGAGCAUCAGCCACCAUUAUACCCAGCCGCAUGGCUACACCAGGUGUCGUGCUUGCUCAAAGGGCGACGCGGUGUGCAUGAACAAUACUCGAGCAUGCCGCCUCGGAUGAGGCAGACAUAACCAGGCCUGAUGAAUCAAUAAUGAAGACGUCGUCAUAGUUCUUAGCGAACAUGGACAUUUGGGAUCAACAGGGAGUACCUGGCGCACAGAGACUUAGGGUGAUAUGAUAAUAGCUGGCUUUCUUGUGCGGGAAAGCAACGAUGUGGCUUGCUAGGGAUUCGUGGGGGCAAGACCAUUCAUAGUUUUGGGGAGAUACCCUGACUGGGGAGGAUCGAUAACGCAUGGUUGCUUGGUACUAUGCGCCAAGGUAAAGUUGGAUGGCAGCGGGCAUCUGAGCCGCUUGUCGGUGGUUUGUGGCUUUAGAUGUAACCAUAGCAAUAAGAAACUUUGUUAUCCCAUUUUGUCGCGUACUGUGAUGUACAUGUUUGAACAGAUAUGAUUGAUU